AGAGAGAGAAGGGGAAACACACCUCUCACCUGAACAAACCGCGAGUGCGCACAGACAAUAAGUGAACACUGGUUAUUAUUCACUAACUGCGGGCGAAGACCUGAGGAGACAUAAAAAUAUUCUUCAUCUGCUCUUUAUUUACUGUACAUACGUGAUUUCUGUUAUUGUUGUUACAUUUUCGCCAGGUGUUGUUUAUCACAUGGGAAAAGCUAUUUGCUAGGUAGCUUAUUACCUGGCAAAAAUGUCUUCAUUAUAUGAAACGCAUCGGACCCUAUAUUAAUACAUCAAUUCCAAGCCUAACCAACAAGCUCUCCUCUGAUGGCCUCCUUCUUCAAACAAUUAAGACUUCUUCUCUGGAAAAAUGGCCUGGGUGUCAUCCGGCAGCCAGCCUGGUCGCUGGCUCUUCUUAUCUGGCCACUGGUGAUCUUCAUCAUCCUGGCAGUCACUCGUUCACAGUUUCCUCCCAAUCUCAAAGACACAUGUUAUGUGGCACCCAGAAACCUUCCCAGCACCGGGUUCUUCCCUUUUCUGCAGACUUUGAUGUGUAGCACGGACAGUUCAUGUGCUACCUCAUCCUACCUUACAGAAGGACAGUCCAGAUCAUACUUGUACAGAAACCAUCGUCACCGCAGGGAUGUUGAAUCACACAGUCUGCCAACACUGUUACAUGGUUUGCCUCCUCUGGCUGAUCUACCGAAAGGAGGACUGGUUCAUGCAAUCCUAAAAAGAGACACAAGUCAUCCAGAACUCCAACAGCUAUGGGACAGGAUGCUUAAUUCCAGCCUUCCUAAUGCCACUUCAGUCUUGGCAGCUUUUAACAACACACUACUGGUUGAUCAGUCAAUGGAGUCUGUUUGGGAGUCAGUGAACAUCCUGAAAAAAUCCCUAUGCAGUUUCUCCAUGACUGGCAUGAAUAUAUCAGCCAGUACCCUGGAUCCAUAUACGCAAGGCCUAAUAAACUUCUGUAGCUCCAACGACACGGUUCUAGAGUCAUCUUUAUUUACCAUGAACCAGGUAUUGACCCAAUGGCUGCUCAGUAACACAACAGAGGUAGUGGAAGUUGUUGGUGGAACUGUCAUGGUCAUGGAUAGACUUCAGCAGGAGUCUUCAGUUUGGGACUUCUUACUUGGCCUGCGGGAUGUCUUCCUGAAGCCCACAGAUGAAGAGGUGCUGCAAGCUGGAGUAGGAGAGCUGGAGAAUCUUAAGACUGCCUUGACCUUCCUCCAAGCGAGUUUUCCUCAGGCCAACAUCUCAACUUCUCUACCACAACCUGUCAUCAACAACGCCAUAGACAUUCUCACAUACUUGGCUGCUUGGAAAGGCAGAGAUACAUAUGUCAAACUGACUGAUGUAAUGAGCCCAAGCAGCAUUGUUCUUCUCAGCUCAGACAUGAAGGACCUUAUCAGCCAAAUCCAGAUUCCUCUCGACAAGAUUGCUGUGCUGUUCGCUGAAGAAGCCUUUCGCACUUUUUUGUGUGACCAAAACAUCACUGCCUCCUAUUGUUUGAGUUGGGAUGUGAGCCAGGUGUUUCAAGGGAUAGAUACGUGGAAGGUUGCUGAACAGGUACUGGUCGUCUGGAGUCAGAGCUCUGCCACAGCAGAUCUGGGCUUCUCUAAGCAGGUCUUCAGCAGUCUGCUGGGUCUAAUAUAUCCAUCAAGCUUGGAUUCUUUUCUCAAGCACAGCAGAUCCCAGCGCAGCAGUGAUGCUCAGCCACAGAGCCUAGUAGAACAAUUAAUCUUUGGAUUGGGCAGCACAGCACUUGAUUUUCUACAAGGCAUCCCAGGCUGGGAGUACAUUCAGACAUUCAUGAUGGGGGGCUUUUCAUCUAUGCAGGUGGCAAGAGUUGCAAUGGAAGCGCAGCUACCUAUCAUUGAUGUGGUUCUGAAGGAUGCCAAGUAUGUCCAGGAGGUCUUCCUUUUUCUAAUGCGGAAUGAGACAUUUGCUAAUGCCUGGACUGAGUAUGCUAUGGACUCUGUUGUGCAAACCGUGUCCAUGAUUCUACAGGGAAACACGAGCUGCGCAGACCUUUCUGCUCCUUGGGCUUGGAUGUCAAAGUACAGCUCUAUAGACAUUCAGUUGUGGAGUACUCUGCUUUGUUCUGGGAGUGAUACAAAACUUGAGCAAAUCUUGCUAACAGCACUUUUGCCUGUAAUUCAAAAGGGCCAACAGUUGGUCGAUGUUCUGAAUGGAACUGUUAUGUACAACGUGACACCCUCCACACUUAUGGCAGAGUGGCACAGUCUUUACACAACCUACAUUCAGUAUGCCAAUUCCGCCCAGAAACUGCAGACUGACCUUAAUGAGGAGUAUUUUGCCGCUUGGAUCCCAGGGAACAUUUCAGCUAGUUUGUUCCAAAUUCUGUCGACCAGAGGUACUGUGGAGUUUGAGAAUUUGGGUUCUCUGCUUGAGGAGAGUUAUCUGUGGCCCUCCAUUGAACCAUAUUUUCAUGUGGCUUAUUGGAUUUUGACAUACCAGCCUAACGCCACUGCAUCAUCAAACUGCACCCUUACUUCAUCUAACCUGACAUGUCAGACCGGAUUUAACUGGAAAGAAAUAGCUCCACUGAUUCAGUCUUUGAUAUCUGAAGUGUCAAGAGAACCUGACAGCCUUCUAAGACCUCUUCAGGGAACUGUGGAUUUCCUCCAAAACAGUUACAUGGCACUUCUGCAGCAAGUCAUUGCUAAUGGCUUACCUGACCAGCAGUAUGGUACUGACCUUCCAAUACAAGACAUGCUGCUGAAUCUCAUUAAUACAGUUGAAAAAGAUAUUCAAUUCCUCACCACCAUUGAGUCUGCACAGCAGUUUGACACUCAGCUCUCACUUACUCUGUUAAAUGACAUCAUGGCGGCUCUUGGACUGGGAAGCAUAGAUAACUUGUCGGGAGGUUUCCAAAAUAUCACCACACCCCCUUUAAUCAUGAAUGUCCUUGAGCUCUUGCAAAAUAAGUCCGUCCAGAUGCUCAAUGGUGAGCAGAGUUUUGCAGUUCUUCAAACAGUUUUGAGCCAACUUGGAGCCAUCUUGCCUAUAGAGCAGCAGCAGCAGUUAGAAUCAGGGCUAAAUAAAACAUAUACCCUCAUUGGAGAUUUGGAGAUCUGUUCCACUCUUGGUCAGGACUGUGUUGCUAAUGUGCAGAAUGUAUUUGAUUUACUUGGUGCAAUGCUUGCAUUUGAAAAUAAUAUCACCAUCCCGGUCACACCUCUUGAGGGUAACAUGACCCUCCCUUUUGCAGUUGAUGUGCUUGAAUUGUUCUUGCCUUGGAACAUGUCCCAACCAGCAGAAACCUCUAUGGAAAUUGUAAGGAAGCUUCAACAUCUUCUUGAGCAGGCUUAUGCUUCUCCGUUUUUCAACAUCAGUCAAGGUCUACAAGGUUCCAAUCUCACCACUUUUGACUUAGAACAAGUCAUCUCUGUAAUUCAGAACAUUCAGUCAGCAUCUAUACUGCAGACUCUAAAUAUGUCAAUUCAGAUCUCACAAUGCCUGAACACUCAAACACCAGGGGAUCCUGCCAGUGAAAAGUCUAAAUGUGUCCUUCAGCUCAUUCAGAAUGCUGUUGGUUUACUUGAAAUGCUACCUGUGUCAGAAAACAUUCAAACGACUCUUAAGGACUGGCUUAAUAUCACUGCAGUGGAGUAUCAGAAGCUAAAUGACAUGCCCAGCUCUGAAUCUGACCCAUAUGCAUUGACCGAGGAAAUUCUGAUAGCAACACUAUCAGCUAUCAGACAAAACCUUCAGGGUCUCAAUGCGGAGAAUGUCACUGAUAUUACAAAUGAGCUCAAUGUUCUGGAAGAUCUAAUGACAAAGCUAUUCAGAGAACAGUAUCCGUAUCACACCAUAAACUCAACAUUGAUGGAGCAGGGGCAGUAUGCACAGAAAAUGUAUGGAGAGAUCGCAAUGUGGUAUCUAAACAAGCUUGGAAAUUCCACCAAUAAUAGUAGUAUGCUGGUCGAGAUUCUCCAUCAACUGAUACUUAUAACAGAAUUGCAGAUGGAACUCCAGAAUACAGAGGCAGAUAUGGUGACGCUUGCAAUGAAUGAGAUACAGAACUUGACCCAUGUGCAGCUUCCUCUGGAGGGUGAGGAUCUUGUACAAAUUGCCAAUGCAAUUAUGGCCAUUCUGAAAGGUGAGCUGGCACUGAUGAAAGAGCAGCUCAAGAUUCAACAGGCAUUCUAUAAUUAUCUUGGCUCCCAAGUGAACAUUAGCAUUCCUGCUGAAAUCGAGGCUCAGAUCAUGACAUACAUCUACAUUACAAAGGACACAAUCACUAACCCACAAGUGAAGACAGCACUUGGCAAAAUAUUGCAAUGGAAGAUUAGCUCUCUGAAUAUCACAACACUUGGAAUGGACCUUGGGCAGCUUCUUCAAGCCAUGAUUCCCCUGCUCCCUCCAAAUGAGUAUCUUGCUGUUGUUGAGCAGAUCUCCCAGAAUGUAAACCAUGCUCUAAUGUUGGCUAGCAGUGAUGGUGUCCAAAAUGAAAAGUUCAUCGAAUCCAUCGUUAGUGCUGUAGGAAUGGAGCUGGAGAGUAUAGCAAAUGAGACUGGAGCUCUACAUCAGGAUGUGGUGGUCGAUAUUCUUGAUGCUUUUAAAGGCUUCCUUGAGUUGAUCCUCACCCCAGAUAUGAGCUUUGCUCAAAAUAACAACCUCACACAAGAGACUGUUAAGAAGGUUGAAGGACUGGUUCUUGCCCUUUUGCCAGCAGAGGCUGCUGAGGUGUUGGUUCCCAUCACCAACAGCAUUCUCACCUAUUUGAAAACCGUCUCAGAGCCAGGAGGUCUGAAUUACUGGAAUGACCUCAUUAUCAGUGUGAUGGGGGAACUUCAAAAUACUUUGCCAUCAAACAACACAGCUCAGCCCACAGUAUCCAUGUUGAUAAAGGUCCUAGAAAUGGUUAUUGGUUCAAAUGGGGGCAACAUGACAAAGGACUGGAUCAUUAACCAACAGUUGGCAAUUGCACUUGACACAAUCUUUCAGGGGAAUGUUAGCUAUGAAGAACUUGCAAACGCUGGGGUGAAUGUUUAUCAGCUUUUGGAAGCAUUAGUCCCCUUACUCUCCCCUGAGGACCAAGCCUUUCUUGCUAUUGCUGAGCAGGUGGCUCAGACAGUUUUUGCCACUGAUGGAGGUCUUCAAAAUGAAAACUUCACAGAAGCCAUCAUCAACAGUAUCAAGGUGGUUCUGGAGAGUUUGUCGAAUGAAACCGGAACUCUAUCUCAGGAUGUGGUGGAGAAUAUUCUUGGUGCUUUUAAUGGUUCUCUUGAGCUGAUCCUGAACCCCAGUUUGAGUUACUCCCAACUUAACAGCCUCACACAAGAAAUCAUUGGGAUGGUAGAGAAAGCAGUUAGUGCCCUUUUACCAGACGAGGCAGCUGAGGUUUUGGUUCCAAUCAAAAACACAUUAUUAACCUACCUGAAUAACACUUCCCAACCUGCUGGAUUUGAUCAAUGGAGUAAACUCAUCCUAAAUGUUAUGACAGAGCUUCAGAAUUCCCUGCCGUCAAACAACACAGCUCAGUCCGUCAUAUCAACGAUCGUCAAAAUCACAGAAGUUCUUCUGGGCUCAAACGAUGGCAACAUGACAAAGGACUGGAUCAUCACUCAACAACUGACAAUGGAUCUUUCUGCGAUUUUCCAAGGGAAUGGUAGUUUUGAAGAUCUUGCAACAGCUGGGGUAGAUCUUGACCAGCUUUUGCAAGCCCUGGCUCCCUUACUCACCCCUGAGGACAAUGCCAUCAUUGCUGUUGCUGAACAGCUGGCUCAGAUAGUAAACUACGCUGGCACUGAUGGAGGUCUCCGAAGUGAAAACUUCACAGAAGCCAUCAUCAACGCUGUCAAGGUGGUUCUGGAGAGUUUGUCUAAUGAAACUGGAGCUCUACCUCAGAAUGUGGUGAACAAUAUUCUUGGUGCAUUUAAUGGCUCACUUGAGCUGAUCUUGAAUCCCAAUAUGAGCUAUGUUGAACUUAGCAACCUCACACAUGAAAUUAUUGGCAUGGUAGAGGAAGCAGUUAAUGCCCUUUUUCCAGAAGAGGCAGCGGAUGUAAUGGUUUCAAUCAAAAACAUAAUUUUAACCUUCUUGAAUAGCACCUCCCAACCUGCUGGAUUUGAUCAAUGGAGUGAACUCAUCACAAAUGUUAUGACAGAGCUUCAGAAUUCCCUGCCAUCAAACAACACCGCUCAGCCCAUCAUAUCAAUGAUCAUCAAAAUCACAGGAGUUCUUCUGGGCUCAAAUGAUGGCAACAUGACAAAGGACUGGAUCAUAAACCAACAACUGACAAUGUCGGUUUUUGCAAUUUUUCAGGGGAAUGCUAGUUUUGAAGAUCUUGCAACAGCUGGGGUAGAUCUUGACCAGCUUUUGCAAGCUCUGGCCCCCUUACUCACUCCUGAGGACAAUGCCAUCAUUGCUGUUGCUGAACAGGUGGCUCAGAUAGUAAACUACGCUGGCAUUGAUGGCGGUCUCCAAAAUAAAAACUUCACAGAAGCCAUCAUCAACACUAUCAAGGUGGUUCUGGAGAGUUUGUCUAAUGAAACCGCAACUCUAUCUCAGGAUGUGGUAGAGAAUAUUCUUGGUGCUUUUAAUGGUUCACUUGAGCUGAUCCUGAACCCCAAUAUGAGUUACUCUCAACUUAACAGCCUCACACAAGAAAUCAUUCGGAUGGUAGAAGAUGCAGUUAAUACCCUUUUACCAGAAGUGGCAGCUGAGGUAUUGUUUCCAAUCAAAAACAUAUUUUUAACCUACCUGAAUAACACUUCUCAACCUGCUGGAUUUGAUCAAUGGAAUGAACUCAUCAUAAAUGUGAUGACAGAGCUUCAGAAUGCCUUGCCAUCAAAUAGCACAGCUCAGCCUACUGUAUCCAUGCUUCUAAAGGUCCUCAAUAUUAUUAUGAGUCCAAAUGAAAGCAACUCUACAAUGGAAUGGAUCAUUACUCAACAACUGACGAUGGCACUUUCUGCGAUUUUCCAAGGGAAUGCUAGUUUUGAAGAUCUCGCCACAGCUGGGGUAAAUCUUGACCAGCUUUUGCAAGCCCUGGCCCCCUUACUAACACCUGAGGACAAUGCCAUGAUUGCUGUUGCUGAACAGAUGGCUCAGAUAGUAAACUACGCUGGCAUUGAUGGAGGUCUCCAAAGUGAAAACUUCACAGAAGCCAUCAUCAACACUAUAACGUUGGUUCUGGAGAGUUUGUCUAAUGGAACUGGAGCUCUACCUCAGGAUGUGGUGAACAAUAUUCUUGGUGUUUUUAAUAGUUCACUGCAGCUCAUCCUGAACCCUAAUAUGGACUGCAAAGAAGCCAGCGGCCUCAUACAGGAGACUGUCCAGAUGCUUCAGGGAGUGAUUCCUACCCUUUUGCCACAAGAGGUGGAAUAUAUUUGGGUUCCUUUCACAAAUGGCAUACCAACCUGUUUUAAAAACAUCACCCAACCUGACAACUGGGAUGAAGUAGUUAUAAAUGUGAUGAAAGAACUUCAGUCUUCUUGGCCAUCAAACAACACAGCUCAGCCCAUCAUAUCUGUGUUGCUGAACUUCAUGGAACUGGUUCUGAGCUCGAAUGAAAGCAACAUGACAAAUGAUGGAAUCAUAAACCAGCAGCUGACAAUGGCACUUACUGGAAUAUUCCAGGGAAAUGUUACCUCUGUAGAUCUUGUACCAACUGGAAUGGAUCUUAAUCAACUUUUAGAAGCUUUGUCACCCUUGCUGUCCCCUGAGGACAGAGCUUACCUCACUAUUGCUGAGCAGGUGUCUCAGAAAGUAAACUACGCUCUACAGUUAGCUGGUGCUGAUGGUGGUCUUCAAAGUGAAAAUUUCACAGAUGCCAUGAUCAGUGUUGUGGGGGUGAUUCUGGAAAGCAUUUCUAAUAAAACUGGAGCUCUACCUCAGGAUGUGGAGGACAAUAUUCUUAGUGCGUUUAAUGGUUCACUUGAGAUGAUCCUGAACCCCAAUAUGAGCUACGCUCAACUUAACAGCCUCACACAAGAGAUUUUUGUUAUGGUAGAGGAAGCAGUUAAUGCCCUUUUACCAGAAGAGGCAGCUACAGUGUUGGAUCCCAUGAAAAAAAUCAUUUUAACCUACCUGCAGACCAUCUCCCAGUCUUCUGGACCUGACAAAUUCAAUGAAGUCAUUGUGAAUUUGAUGAGAGAGCUUCAGAGUUUCCUGCCAGCCAACAACACAGCUCAGCCCGUCAUAUCUGUGAUUCUUAAGGUCACAGAGUAUAUUAUAAACUCAAAUGCAGGGUACACAAACAUCUGGGACAACUUGGGCAACUUCAGUCUUGGCAACCUAAAUGAAAUAACUGAACAGCUUUCAGUUUUAGUGGGUUUUGUGUCACAAUCAAUGAACGAUUCGUCUCAGAUGAUCACAGAAUCCGUUGCCGUUUUGGUCCAGAUCCUCUCUGGAACUGCUGACCAGAUGACUUUUGACAAGUUGGAAGAGCUGCUGGCUGCUCUGUUUUCAUCCUUUAAAGGCACACCAAUGUGGGUUUCAUUACCAUCUAUUAUGUCCACAAUUCAAGAAGCCAUUGUCGUCGGUGCUAAUAACAUGCAGGCAGAAACAGAGUUCUUCCACAGUCUCCAGCAGCCAUUGUCCAGCCUUUUGUCUGAUAUUUUCGAUGUUACGAACACAAGCCGUUUCAAUGCUCCCUCUUUUGUUGGUGAACUGCCACAGGCUCUUGUGUUGACUACCGAAGCUGCUCUACAGGCUGGUUUGAAGGGUCAAAGCCUGAACUGCAGCUACGUGCAGCAAAUAUGGCAGGAUGUUGAAGUCGCCGCUGGAAUAAACGAAGACACCGUUGCUUUAUGGUGUAACAUCACCCUACUGCCAGCCAUAGCAGCCUUCAGUAUUCCAGAUUUGACUCCAGCCUUCAAUCUGACAGGAAUGGAGAUAAACAUCACUGCUGGAAUGAUAGCAGGGUCACUGGAGACUUUCUAUGGAGCGAUUCUGAACAAUACCUUUGCUAGCAAUCACCUAACAGAAGUCCUGCUGUAUUACACAUCAACACUAUAUAACGUCUCAUUGUCAGAAUUAACAAACCAGGUUGACUGGAAUUCCCAGCUUUUCCAAAUGCAGCUAUACAACAGCCUCUCUACAGUUCAAAUGGCUCUGAACCAAAUUACAACAGAAGCUCCAUGGAUAGCACCAUACAUCGAAGCAAUUGGAAAAACCAUUGAGGUCAUACAACAGAAUGGCAACCUCUUCCAGAACUCAAAUGCAAGCGCUCAGAUCAUCAUCAUGCAGGCUCUAGAGAUCACACUCACCGGAAUGAAUUUUACACAGGAAACCAUUAAUUAUAUACUGAGUGGAGACAUAUUUAUGAACCCCAAUGGCAUCACGGUUGACGGUUUAUUAAAAGAGGUGAUCCAGCAAAUCAUUGCUUCGGGAUUGCUGGGAGACUGGCCUUCUCUUAAUGGAGUAGUGCAGCAGAUACUGUACUUGGACAAUACAACUGGCAUCCUAUGCAGGAUGACGGAAUUGGUCAACUGGAUGUUCACUUCUGAAGAUACUGGGUUAAACUUUGUCUUAGAGAUGCUGCCUAGGAUGUAUGAGAUUAUAAGAGAUGCCUUAACCAACAUCCCAUUGUCGUGCUUCUCAAGUACGUUUUUCGACCUUGCUGGGAAUGCUUUGUACAUGCUGAGGCAGAUCAAACUAACCAGUGACCUCUUCGCCCCUGCGGAGCUAUAUCUAAACCCACUAAACAUGCAAAUUGCUCAGGGUGACACCCUGCAAGGUCUUGUUUCCCAAUCACGAAACAACAGAACAUAUGCAAUACAAAGAGAGCCGAUAGAUGACUUUCUUGAUCUUCUAGACAUCAACUACCAAACCCUACUUCAAGUGCUCUCAAUUCCGCCUACCAGCUUUGAAAUUCUUGAAACGGCUCACGUGUUCUUUACGAAUCCAGAUUUGGGAGUCAUCCUGAAGGGUCUUUCUGCAGGAAUGAAUGGAACCACGAGUCAAGAGGAGACCAUUGACACUGCUCUAAAUGUGUUGUCUUACUUGACACUUCCAAGCAAUGGACUGCAGUUCCUUGAGAUGUUCAUGAACAUCAGUAGCAAUGGAUGGGGUUUGCAGGACUUUGCUAAUAUACAGAAGCUGGUAGAGAACCUUGGAGGAAUGAUUGACACGGCAAUGCUGCUGUCCAACCAGCCGUCUCUAAACAUUGCGCAAAGAAUCCAGCAGAUGGCCCAAGAAUUUCAAGCUUCAGUCUCAGACAUCGUCUCACAGGGAGGAAAUGGCACCGACACCACAAUUCAAUUCCUCACCGCGCUCAACAACAUCCUCACCCAGAACUUUGAGCAAAUCAAGAACAUCACCCCUCAGGUCACUGACAUCCUACAAAAUAUAAUUGGCUCAUUUUCCAGUCCAGGUUCACAGAUGAAUGUGGAAACCUAUUUGGAAGCCUUGGAUCAAACUGUUGGAGCCUUCGCCUCGCUCCUCUCUGGAGAUGUAGUGGCGUAUUUUAACAUGUCUGGACAAAUGCUGCAAGCCUUUGCAUUGCUUGAGGCAUAUCCCGAAGACAUCGAAAAAGUCACUAGGUCUACCGUCAUGAUUUCUGACUCCCUAAUCCAGCUCCUUGGCCUCUCAAACAUUUCAGCUCUUCCCAACGGACAAUCUGUUGAAGAGGUCACCCGUCCCCUUAUUCUGAGCAGUGCUGUAGCAACCCACAUCCUAUUCAACCUCUCCAGGUCAAACUACAGCCUGAGCAGCAAUGUUGAGAAGGAUAUGCUUUUGACCCAGACGUUCAAUCAGAUGAUGGGUGUUCUCCCAGGGGAAUCUCACGUGUACCUCUUUGCUAUCAAAUCAGCUCUUUUCGAUGCCCUCUCCAAUGUAUCUAGCACUUCAGAAAUUCAAUCUCACUUUCCAGAAAUCUCUCAAAUAGUUACACAAUCUCUUCUUAACUCCCUGAACAUUACAUAUGAUCCGAAAUCCAUGACUCCAGAUGGCAUUGUUUACAUCUUGAUGACCGUAUCCAAUCAAGUGUCCAUGAGUCUCUACGAGGGGCUUAUGUUAAAUGGAUCCCCCUUGCAAAUCUCAGAAGUGGUCAACUCUUUAAAUGAGGUUGCGUUCACCCUUUACUCAAUAUUGCCUGUUGAGGGAAGGAUGUACAUCAAUAUCACGCUCAACCUCAUGGAGACAUUGGAUUUCGCUCUUAAUGACAACAAUACCUUUGGGGAUUUGGAAGGCGCUGUUUCUCAGGUUGUCAAUUCUGUCAACGUGCUCCUGGACAUGGUGCCUCACAUCAACACAAGCUAUUCCAGCAGCAUAAUAGGUGACCUAGAGCAAACCCUGAAGACAAUCUUAAUGAUCAUCCAAGCAGACCAAAGCCCUGUCAGCCAAACAGCUGAUAUUACCCAGCAGCUGCUGCAAACCAUCCAAAAUCUCAUCACAUUGGGCAAUAGCAGCAGUGUGGAGCCUGAACUCGCCAAAAUAGUGCUGGGUGCUGCUAGCAAUGAUAUUGACCCUCUGCUGGGGAUGAAUGACACUAACUGGACAGACAAGCUUUCUGUGCUGGUGACAAACUUUGCUAAUAGCCUUCCGGAUGACCUUCCGUAUUCUUCUUUUAUUAAGACCACCAUGAGAAGUCUGGCCAACGAGUCCCAAGAAAAUCUGCAUCUGCUACUGCAAGUACUAAACACUAGCUUGGAAUUUGUCUCAGCCAACGGGGCAAAUGGAAGUUCGAGUCAGAUACUGGACAGCCUUUUAACUCAGGUUUGUGCUCUGGAAAACAUGACGUCUGUGCAGCAGAUCAGUCAGUUUCUACCUCUGGGCCCCAGAUUACUUUGCGACACUGUUGUUCCAGCAGUCCAAGCGGUCUAUGUGCUCACAACCAGCUUGGGGAACCAUAGCGUCAACAUCUAUGAUCUGAUUUUCCAGACGUUUAUUGGAGACCUGAGCACUUACAACACUGGAGUGGACUGGACAUCAAUUCUCUCUCAAAUUGUGGGCUUCAACGUCUCCUCUCUGAAAACUAUUAGUAUCAACAUUACCUCUCCAGCUGAAGUGAAAGUUUCAGAGCUGCUGAAAAACACAACACUGUUUGUUGAGGAUGUGGAGCGCUACACAAGCUUUCCCCCUGGCGUUCUGCAGACUGUGCUAGAUUCCCCUUUACCCAGCAGCAACAUGCAGAUCUUGGUGUGGUUGGCAAACCUGCAGCAGUGUUCAGACCCCUCGUCUCUGCAACUAGACCCUGCAGGGCAGGCAAUGUUCAGUGCCUUCUGUGAUCUGUCAGAUGACUGGUACACCAUCAGCAUUCUCUUCCUUCGCCACAUGGACACCAAGGCUAUUUUAUUCAGGCUGAUGUUGUCCCAAGAUAUUCAGGAUUUGGUGGCAACUAUGCUAGAGAUGGUUAAGUUUUUGACAAACAUGAUGAACAAACUGGUACCUGCCAUUAACAAGCUACAGGAAUACCUGACAAACAUAGGACAGCUGAACCUGGUGGCCAAUCAAGAGUUCCAUGGUCUGGUGAGAGGAAAGCGGUCCACCAUAUCUAGCAAGGCCACCUUUAACACCCUCUCUCGUGCUUUGUGCAAAAACGGCAUCCUGACACUGUUUGCCAUCACCAAAGUCCCAAUCGUGACCGCAGCCGAUCCCUCCGUCCAGUCAGACCACAAGAGAGAAGAGCUCAUAGAGAAGUUCAAGAUCCCACACGAUGCCAGUCCCUUCUGUAUGAGCCUGUUCUUAGACAUGGUGAACACUACAGGCGGUGCGGUGGCUUGGGCUUUCCUUAAGCCAAUGCUGUUAGGACAGAUCCUGUACUCUCCGGACACACCAAUGACCAGAGAGAUCAUGAGAAAGUCAAAUUCCUCACUUCACCAGUUUGGUGACCUAAAGCUGUAUGCGUCCGAGUGGAUCGAGUCAUCGUCCUAUGUGCUGCAGUCUGCCAACAUUUUGACACAAACCUUGCCGAUACUUAAGAAUUCCCUGAACAGUCCUUUUGUCCAAAACUUCAUUCGGACUCAGACUGGAAUUGACGUUUCAGGAAUGAGUGCAACUCUCAACCAAUUCUCGAACAUGACAGUCCUGUUAGAGAAAAACAAGUUUAUCAUGGACCAGAUCACCACCCUCUCUGUGCUCAUGAUGAACCUCUCCUCCUGUGUCAACUUCGACCGAUACCGAGGCUUCAACUCUACUGAUGAACUCGACAAGCAAGCCGAAAAACUGGCUCAAAACCGUGAGCUGUAUGCCAGCAUUAUUUUCAAACUUCCCAAGGAGAACUCCAGCAGCCUGCCACCAAACAUCGACUACACCAUACGCAUGAACAUCGAGAAUGUCAUGCGCACAGACCGUGCACGCAAUCCCUUCUGGGUGAAAGAUGCCUACAUAUCGGCAACCAGAACCCAGCGGUACAGCCGAGGCUUUGUGUACCUGCAGGAAAGCAUCGAGAGGGCCAUCAUCGAAAUGCAGACGGGUAAUGCCAUGGAUGGGCCCGCGGUCCAGAUGCAGGCAUUCCCUUAUCCCUGCUACUAUAAGGACGAAUAUCUCAACAGCAUCGCGUUUGCCUUCCCAAUGGCGCUCAUGAUUUCCUGGGUGCUGUUUAUUGCACACUUUGUCAAGAAACUAGUGCACGAGAGAGAGCUGCGUCUUCACGAGUACAUGAAAAUGAUGGGGGUCAAUCCCAUCAGCCACUUCUUUGCCUGGUUAAUUGAGAGCGGUGCGUUCCUGUUGGUGACCGUCAUCAUCCUCACCAUCAUUCUGAAGGCUGGCGGGAUCCUUCCUCGCAGCGAUGGAUUUGUGCUCUUCCUCUACCUCUGCGACUACGGCUUCAGCGUCCUCGCGGUCAGCUUCCUGGUCAGCUCCUUCUUCGAUAAGACCAACAUCGCCGGGCUGAGUGGCAGCCUUAUCUAUGUCAUCUCUUUCUUCCCCUUCAUUGUGCUGAUCCACUUGGAGGACAACCUCUCCUUCUCUGUGAAGAGCGCUCUGAGUCUCUUUUCUCCGACAUGCUUCAGUUAUGCCAGCCAGUACAUCGCCCGCUAUGAAAAGCAGGAAGAAGGCAUCCAGUGGAGCAACAUGUACAUCUCUCCUCUGGCUGGCGACACCUCCUCCUUCGGCUGGCUCUGCUGGCUGCUCUUAAUUGACUCGCUUGUAUAUUUCAUCAUUGGGAUUUACAUCCGCAUGGUCUUUCCAGGAAAGUAUGGCAUCGCUGUACCGUGGUAUUUCCCAGUAACUAAAUCCUUCUGGACGGAUAUGUUCAGCUGUUGUAGCAAGACACCUAAGAAAAUAGGGAGAGGGCUGCUGUUUACCAACAUGAUGCAGGACCAAAGCAGCAUGAACAAGAGCAAAGGAAAAGGUAGCUUGGUGGCUAAAGGAGAAGAAGACUUCUCAGGGUUGCCCGUUGGAGUCUCACUGUAUGGCCUGACGAAGACCUACGGCAAGAGGAAUGCUGUAGACAACCUAAACCUGUCUUUCUAUGAGGGACACGUCACCUCUCUGCUGGGUCACAAUGGAGCUGGAAAAACCACCACUAUGUCACUUUUGACUGGAUUGUUUGCACCCACUGUCGGCACCAUUGAGGUCUACGGGAUGGAUAUGCAGAUGUUCAUAGAUGAUGUGCGCAAGGAGAUGGGCGUCUGUAUGCAGUAUGACGUCCUGUUCGACCAUCUGACCACUAAAGAGCAUCUGUUACUGUACGCUCAGAUCAAAGCUCCUCAUUGGACCAAGCAAGAAGUGAAGGAACAAGUGCACAAAAUCCUAAUGGAAACAGACAUGCAUGCCCACCGGCACAAGCGUGUUGGCACUCUGUCAGGAGGCAUGAAGAGAAAGUUAUCCAUCUCCAUUGCCUUCAUCGGAGGCUCGCGGCUGGUGGUGUUGGAUGAGCCGACCACCGGCGUAGAUCCAUGUUCCCGACGCAGUAUCUGGGACAUUAUCAUACAGCACAAACAAGAGCGUACCAUCAUUCUUUCCACACAUCACCUGGACGAGGCUGAAGUUCUCAGUGACCGCAUCGCUUUUCUGGAGCGCGGAGGCCUCAAGUGCUGCGGUUCACCCUUCUAUCUCAAAGACAAACUCGCUAAAGGAUACAACCUCACCCUCACUAAGAAGGUCGAGACUGCCGACUCAAAGGAGAAGUUUGACUAUGAGAAACUCAGGGAUUUCAUUCAUUCGCACCUACCUGAUGCCCGACAGAAGGAUAGAGAGAUGGGUGAUCUAGUCUAUGCCUUGCCACCGUACACCCCUCAAAACGCCUCUGAGUACCACUCUCUGCUUAACAGCCUGGAUCAGAAUCUGGACAAGCUUCACCUAGGCUGCUAUGGCAUCUCUGACACCACCCUGGAAGAGGUGUUCCUGCAGUUGACUCGAGAUGACCUCGAGCCCAAAGAAAGUGAAACCUGGUCUGUAUCAGAGUCGGUUAUAGAGAAUGACAUGUUCGCCUCAAGAGACAGUCUUUCUGAAGACUGCAACAGCAUGUACCUUGGAGAGAAAGCCAGCCUCACAGGGAACUCGACGGUGCGUGGAUUUGCUUUGGGUGUUCAGCGUGUGAUAGCCAUGUUGCUGAAGCGCGUGCAUCACUCUAGGAGGGACUGGAAGGGGCUUUUCUCUCAGGUGCUGUUGCCUGUACUCUUUGUAAUUGCUGCCAUGGGCUUGGGCUCCAUCAAGAGUGAUCUUCAGCAUUUUCCUGAGAUUGUGCUCUCUCCUGCGCUCUACCACGUUGAUGAACAGUACGCCUUCUUCAGCAAUCAAAAUCCCAACACCAGCCGUCUUGUCGACACCAUGAUGUCCUAUCCAGGCAUAGACCACGUGUGCAUGACAGACCCCACAGAUCCUGUUUGUAAAGGAAGACCUUCGACAGGAAGUCAGACGUGGGUCUCCGGAGGCAACAGCUCUGCUACAUUUACCACCUGCAAGUGUAGCAACCAAGUGCAGUCAUGUCCGGCACAGGGUUACGAUCCACCUCGCAAAAGAUGUCCAUCAUCCCAGAUCGUCUAUAACCUUACGGGCGUCAACAUUGAAAACUACCUGCUGGCUACUGCCAAUAACUUCAUCAGAGACAGAUAUGGAGGCUGGGAGUUUGGAAAGCCUCUUCCCAUUGAUCUUAAGAUGGACAUGUUAGAUGUGCCAGCAAACAGAACCCUUAGUAAGGUUUGGUAUAAUUCAGAAGGUCACCACUCUAUGCCAGCCUACCUCAACAGCCUUAACAACUUUUUCCUGAGAUCCAGUUUGCCACCUGAGAAACGAUAUCAAUACGCUAUUUCCAUAUCCAGCCAUCCUUACCCUGGCCAAGUGCAAGACGAGGAUCUCAUGGUGGGCGGUCUGGUCAGCAUCCUGGUUGCGCUCUGUGUCCUCACUGGCUACUCCAUCAUGACUGCUAGCUUUGUCAUCUAUGAGGUUCAGGAACAUCACACAGGCUCCAAGAGACUACAGCAAAUCUCUGGCAUCAGCGAACCUUUUUACUGGAUCAUCAACUUCUUCUAUGAUAUGGCUCUAUACAUGAUUCCAGUGGUGCUGUCGGUGGUGAUGGUCGCAGCAUUUCAGCUCCCAGCCUUCACAGAGAGACAGAACCUUGCCGCGGUCACACUCCUACUGGUGCUAUUUGGAUUUUCCACCUUCCCUUGGAUGUACCUUCUAUCCGCGAUGUUCAAAGAUACAGAGAUGGCUUUCAUUGGUUAUGUUUGCAUCAAUCUCUUCAUCAGUGUCAACACCAUCAUUUCCACAUCCAUCAUAUACUUCCUCGGUCAGCUCAACCAGAAUGACCAGAGCAUCCAGAAUAUCUACCAAACCAUGAGCAACAUAUUUCUAGUCUUCCCUCAGUUCAGCUUUGGCAAUGGGUUGAUGGAGCUGGCACGGGUUGACAUGCAGGUGCAGAUCUUGAGCGGUUUUGGAGUGGAUGCCUACAAGAACCCCUUCAGCAUGGAUGUUCUGGGCUGGAUGUUCAUUUCCAUGUUCCUGCAGGGCUUCAUCUGCUUCACGCUCCGCCUGCUGCUUAACAAGACACUCCUUCGCAAAGUCAGGCGGUUAUUCUGCUGGAAGAGGAAUGCUGUUCAGAGUUAUAGUCCUAAUGAAGAUGAAGAUGUGCUGGAUGAACGUCUGCGUGUGGGCCGUGGAGAUGCAAGCUCUGAUAUUCUGCAGGUUAAUCACCUGACUAAGGUGUACCAAAACUUCAGCAAGAGGGUACAGGCGGUGAAGAGUCUGUCUGUGGGCAUCCCAGCUGGCGAGUGCUUUGGAUUGCUUGGAGUCAAUGGUGCAGGAAAGACCACUACCUUUAAGAUGCUGACGGGAGACAUCAGCCCUUCUGGCGGCUCGGCCAAGAUCCGUGACAUUGACGGGAGGAUGGUUGACAUCAUAGACUGCAGGAGAGAGGGCAUAAACAUUGGUUACUGCCCUCAGGUGGACGCACUGGAUGACCUUCUGACUGGGGAGGAACAUCUCUAUUUUUACGCCCGCAUCAGGGGCAUCUCCAAGAGGGACAUUAGCCAGGUUGUGAACUAUCUGUUGAAAAAAUUGCAGCUGAAUUACCACAGAAACAACACAAGCGAGAGCUACAGUUGCGGAACCCGCCGGAAACUCUCGACAGCCUUAGCCCUCAUCGGAAACCCUCAGAUCCUUCUCCUGGAUGAGCCCAGCUCUGGAAUGGACCCACGAUCCAAACGGCAUCUCUGGAAGAUCAUCUCUGAACAAGUGAUGGGCAAAUGCGCGGUGGUGCUGACAUCACACAGUAUGGAGGAGUGUGAGGCUCUUUGCACUCGUCUGGCCAUAAUGGUGAAAGGACAGUUCAGAUGCCUGGGUUCCCUACAGCACAUCAAGAACAGGUUCGGCAGCGGGUUCACGGUGAAGAUGUAUUUAACCGGAGCCUCCUAUGAUGUAGAUAUGAUCAGUAACUUCAUGCAGCAGAACUUCCCCGGCACGUGCCUGAAGGAUAAUCAUUCCAAUAUGGUGGAGUAUCAUGUGCCUGUUGCUCCUGGUGGUGUGGCUUCAAUCUUCAGCCUGUUAGAGUCCAACAAGACAGUUCUGCAAAUCAAACACUUUUCAGUCAGCCAGACCACGCUGGAUGAGGUGUUCAUUAACUUUGCGACGGCAAAAGUGGACACAGAUGGACUUGAGGCCACUGAAGGAUCCGACAUCGACAGCCUAGACUCCUUCAACACUUAAGACUGAUGCCCGACACUUGCACAUUAUGACAAUUAGCGAAGAAAAGAAAAUCAGUUAUAGCUUAUAUAUUAAUUUAAUGUUGUGAUUUUAAUGAAAGAUAUAUGUAUUGUAUUGAACAAUGAAGUCGCCAAAUACCUUGUGGAUUUUAAUUGAAGAUUAUUAUUAUUAUUAUUAUGAGGAAUUAUGUGUAAAUGACUCUCUUUCUGCUCUUAUACUGAUCAGCAUUAAAGGGACCAUUUAAUGGAAGUGGUGGGGUUAAGUAUGCAGAAAGUCUACUCUAGUUUACAUAGUUUACAUGCAAAUCCAUUAGCCGAUCAUUUGUCCUCAAACUAAUCCACUGCUGCUUCUUCUCCAACAAAAUGAAGGCAUUUAUUUAGUAAAUUAUUUGACGUUUUAUUAGCUCUACUACUAGAUAUAUAGGUACUGUAAUGGAAAUCUGAAUAAUUGACACGAACAACCAACAAUGUGUUACUGGUUGCAGAAUGAAAUAUGUAUGCGAGAAGUCCGUACUCUUAAACUGCCGGCCUGCAUCCAUGUCUGGGGUUGAUAUAAAUCACAAAGACCUUUUUGGCUCGGAGAUAUAAAUGAUUCUUCAAUGUCUGCACAUCUUCGCUCUCAUUAAUAUUUCCUCUGAAGGCACAUCUCUUGUGCAAGAAUGUACUGAAUAUUUCAUCGGCCCUUUCUCUGUCUGCUUCAAGGCACGGUUCCUCUUUUAAAAAAUGCACCAAGCUUAUUUUUACAUUAAAGCUAUUUUUCACAUGCA